CUUAACAUAAGUACAACCGAGUCAAAAUUUAACCGUGAAAACAGAGAGGGAACAGAUUGAGGAGCGAUGGGGCUAUCCUGCUUCGCUUGCUUCGACGGAGGCAGUAAACAACAGAGACGGGAAGAGGACAGAUUGGCUUCUGCGGAAGCUCGUGCCAAAGCGGCCGAAGCCGCACAGAAACGGCAAGAGGAAUUUGAAAAAUCUGCUGCAGGCAGAGCGGCACGUGCACAAUUGCAAGGGAUGGCAAAACAAUCUGCAAAUUCUAAUAAAGGCGAACCAGUUCUAAAGUGGCAGAUGGGUGGAGGUUAAGCUUGUUGACCGCGCAACUGCAGGUUCUAUUGAUUCAACGAUGCCAAUGUCUUCCCUACCAGUUUCUCUCAUCUUGAAAGCAAAUUGUCAAUGUCUUGCUCCAUGAAAGCUGUAAAUAUGUCAGAGGACAGAAAAAAUGUGGAAUGGUCGAACCUUGUAUAAAGGAAGAUUCUAAAAUGUUUGUUUUUCUCCUAGCGCUUGUAUGAUUUCAUAACAUGUCACAAAAUCAAUAUAUGAGGAAUUUGACAUUGCAACCCA